AAAUUAUUUUCAGCUGUUCACACAUGGAUUUAACUGCUGAAUAUCGAGUGCAAAUCUUUAUAAAUAUAUCCAAAUUCGAAGGAAAGCAAUUCAGUCUUCUGUUUUCGCUUUUUCCAACAUGAACUUCAGUCUUUAUUUAUUUUCUGUGUUGUUGUGUGGAUUCUUUCCUCAGAAUAAAGCUCAAACCAGAAACUGUACGAAUGCGUGUAUAUCACGAGCUAGGUGCAAUCCAUACUAUAAAAAUCUUGUCUGGGCAAUUGAAGGUCGGAUGUGUCGCGUUUUUCAGAACGGCUGCCUUUUUGGCAAUGAAAACUGUAUGAGGGCCAAUCAAUGUCAACGUCCCUUGGUUGCUACUUCAAAGGAGAGGUGUAUGGAAUUUUGCCCAAGAAUGUGUUAUAGAGGAGCACCUAGGGUGUGUGGAUGGUUUCCCCAAACACUGUGCAACGGCACAAAUGUGGGUCGGGAAAUGACAUUUGGAACUCGAUGCUUCCUUGAUAUGUACGCCUGCCGUAAUGCCGAAGCAUACGUAAAUGAACCACGCAAUGGACCCUGCUCACGCUAAGUUCGAUUUCUGUUUUUAAAAAAUACGCACUGUUUCACCCCUUUUGAACUGCACUCCUUGAAUUUUACAAUAGCUCCUGAUAAUAUUGAAUAUCAAUUAACAAUAAGUAUUUUAAACCUUACCGUGUUUUCUCUUUAACAAAG